GCCGCCGCCGCCGGGAGCCGACCCAAGCUCGAGCGCCAGCCAUGUCCAUGGGAUCUCUCAUCGCGUCCAGGCUGGCCAGGUCCGGCCACGCCCUCGCCAACCGCGCCAUCUCUCAGGCUCCCAGGGCUCCCCUUCAUACGACGUCGCCCCUGCUCUCCAGGCUCGGAUCGGUGGCCCGCGCUUUCAGCUCGAAGCCCUCAGCGGCCGAUGUCAUCGGGAUUGAUUUGGGCACGACCAACUCAUGUGUCUCCGUCAUGGAAGGAAAGGAGAUCAAGGCGAUGGCUAGAUGAUGGAUUUUGCAGCCUGCAGUUGUAUCCAUCACUUUGUAUGUGUAUGUACAAACCUGUGAAGAAAGUCAUGGUCAUAGGAUCUCCAAGUGCAGACGACAUCAUUAACCAGUCUUCAUUUUAUGUGAUAGAUUUUGUGUUAUUUUGAUUUUCAUUAUGUAGCCACUUGCGUGUGAUUAUACGGUGCUUGUAAAAUCAAAUAUACACUGCUCCUAGACAUGUUUUGGAAUCAGAACAAUGUGAGAAGUUCUGGAGUAUCACGUGGGAAA